AUUUAAACGUCAUGGCAGUAGUGAUAGGCAACUAAACUUCAAGAGCAAAGUGUAAAAUCCUUGGUUUGCACUCUCAAGUUCAAAGUGGGAUUGACCUGAAAAACCAUUUUCCAUUAGAUUCUAUCAUAAUCAAUUAAUAAUUGGGGUGUGGGGCCUAGGGGCAGUUACCCACACUGCCUGGCAGGUAAUCUAGCUCUUGCAUAUUAACAUACACUUACUCACCCACAUUACCACAAAGCAGUGACACACAAUUCCCCUGGAGCAUAGGGCCCCUGCAGACUUGGGCCCCCUGGGAGAAAGCUUAUACUUUAGCCCCACAUAUUAACAUACACCUAUUCAAAGGCAAUUCUACAAAGGAGUAGCCAUGCAGCACCCCUGGAGUAUUGAGGGCCCCUGGGGGUGGCUGGGUCCCCAAGGCAGUUGAGUGGGUUGGGUUCAUUGUAACAGUAAAUAAAGUAGAUUUCAAUAAGAUGACACUGAGGUGGGGUUUUAAAGGUUUAUCUGGGUUCUCUCUGUCUAAGGACAGAGGAUGUCCUGAUGCUGGGGACAAAUAUUGGAUGGGAUGUUUCAAUAAAAUCAAAUCGACUUGAGCUGGUCCUGGUGAGGAUGCUCUGUCGAAAAACAUUCCACUGAUUCAGACAUUUCUCUUAUCUUUCAUUUAGGAAGUAAAAAGGACGUGUAAAUCGCAGCCUCUGUCUUCAGGAGCGUGCUCGUGUUGUGCGCACGGGGGCAGUGUUUGGUCGCUAAUUGGCUCUUUCAUGUGGAGCAGCCUGCUGCUGAUUGGUCGCCGGCGGAACAUCUGUAUCCAUAGUUCCAGCCGCUCGUGUCUCCGGCCAGAAAGCUGCUCGUGACUCAGAGGCUGGAUCCCUGUCAUCUACCUGAUCAUUAUUAUGACAGCUCACAGCGCGUGUAAGAGCACCCUGUGACCCGCAGCGUAUCAUACUGAAACACACCACCAGCCUACAGCGGCGCCAGAUGUUCGAGACACAUUGUUCCAUAUCCUCUCAAAGUUAUGAGGACAGAGUCGAACCGCUGCCGCAUUCUGUCGAUCAGCGGCACAAUCGUGUCACAGGAAGGCAAAGCCACAGCGCUUUUUAUUCCAAGUAGCUGAGGACGCGAGUGAAGCCCAUCCCACUCAGUUCCCCUAAAUUCACUGCGCCUGCUGGAGCCCGGGGGCCGCUGGGCUGGAUGUGCCGGUGCUAACGCUGCGUCCAUCCUGUCUCCUCCAGGUGGGAUGCGGAUCCUGUCUGCGGACACCGCGGCAGACACAAAGGAGCGAGCCUCACUUUCUGUUUUUUUUUUUUAAAGGUAACCACCUCGAUCAGCGCCGGCCAGCCUGUGUGUGAGUGUGUAUGUGUGGGGGGGCUAAUCGCUGGAUAUAUCCGUCUGCGCACAUUUCAGCCGAGGGGCGAGCAGCGCGCGGCUCUAAGUGGACUAUCGAUAAGUUUCUGAUCAGAUCGACGCUCGUCGACCGGGAGGAAGAGGAGGAGGUGGCGGGCUGCUGCUGCUGGUGGGUGUUUUUGGGGAGAAUCGCCGGCUCUCCUCGAGUGGAGCCCACGGACUGAACUGCUCGAUGACACAGCGAUGAAUGUUGUGAUUUCGCUGCCGUGAUACGAGGAGGAUCCGCGCGUCUGGAGCCGCCCCAGCUGCCCGCCAGCCCGCCCGGCUCCCUCCGCUCUCCGCCCGCCGCCUCUCCAUGCAGAGCCUCUGCAGGGUCAAGAUGCAGUUCCGGACUGUGCUGGACGUGAAAGUCGUGGACGUGGAGAAGAGGCGCAAUCCGUCCAAACACUACGUAUAUCUCAUCAAUGUCACCUACUCUGACAACACCUCCCAUAUCAUCUACAGAAGAUACAGCAAAUUCUUUGACCUACAGAUGCAGAUACUUGACAAGUUCCCAAUUGAGGGAGGGCAAAAAGACCCGAAGAAGAGGAUCAUUCCAUUUCUCCCAGGCAAGAUCCUGUUCCGGAGGAGUCAUGUGCGAGAUGUGGCCAUGAAGCGGCUGCGUUUCAUCGACGACUACUGCAGGGCGCUGGUGCGACUCCCCCCUCAGAUUUCUCAGAGUGAGGAGGUGCUGCGCUUCUUUGAGACGAAAGCUGAGGACAUCAAUCCCCCAGUGGAGGACUAUGGCUCCAAGCGCAAGUCUGGGAUUGACAGCUCGGAGCCCAUGGUGCUGGAGCAGUACGUGGCCGUGGCCAACUACGAAAGGCAGGAGAACUCGGAGAUCAGCCUCAAGGCCGGCGAGACGGUGGAUGUGAUUGAGAAGAGCGAAAGUGGGUGGUGGUUUGUCAGCACAGCAGAGGAGCAGGGCUGGGUGCCAGCUACAUACCUGGACUCCCAGAAUGGAACCAGAGACGAUUUGGAUCUUGGAACUUCCAGGACUGGAGAAGUUACUAAGAGACGCAAGGCACAUCUGAAGAGGCUGGACCGCCGCUGGACCCUCGGGGGUAUAGUCAACCGUCAGCAGAGCAGAGAAGAGAAAUAUGUGACGAUACAGCCAUACACCAGUCAAGGGAAGGAUGAAGUCAGCUUUGAGAAAGGGGUCACCGUGGAGGUCAUCCAAAAGAACCUGGAGGGCUGGUGGUUCAUCAGAUACUUAGGGAAAGAGGGCUGGGCCCCGGCCUCCUACUUAAAAAAGUUGAAAGACGAUUUCUCCCCCCGCAAGAAGACCCUGACGGGCCCUGUGGAGAUCAUCGGCAACAUCAUGGAAAUCAGCAACCUGCUGCAAAAGAAGUCGGUCAGCGAGAAGGACAUUCAGACCGACGGAGAAGGCAGCACCACGCCGGAGCGCCACAUCUCCAAGAGUGAGAUCAGCCUACCCAUGCCCUUUAGCUCCGAAAUCAACGCUGAGACCGGCAGGAGGCUGAGUGCAGGCCGUGACACCAACAGCCCGUGUCUGGGGAUAGCAGCGAGUGCCGCUCUUAACGAGAAUAAAGGGAGAGGCGAGCCAGGGUCCCCAGCAGUUGCAAGAGUGGCCCCGCACAGGGUGGAAAUUGGCUUCGAUGCUGUAGGGUCUCCAAAUCUGAGACAGAAACCUCCCCCAAGGAGAGACACCAACUUGGGAUUCCAGUUGCCUAAACCACCAGAGCCCCCUGCUGUGGAAGCAGAGUAUUACACUAUAGCAGAUUUCCAGUCCUCUAUCUCUGAUGGCAUCAGUUUCCGUGGAGGACAGAAGGCUGAUGUGAUAGAGAAGAACCCUGGAGGCUGGUGGUACGUGCAGAUUGGAGAGAUGGAGGGCUGGGCCCCCUGCUCAUACAUCGACAAACGCAAGAAACCCAACCUCAGCCGUCGAACCAGCACCCUGACCCGGCCCAAAGUCCCGCCGCCUGCUCCACCUGUGAAAAAACAAGAAACCGAAGAUGCUCCCCCUCCGGGUAAAUCUGCCUCCAAGGUCUCAGAGCCACCUACUAGGCCUGUGUACGAGGAACCUGAAUAUGAUAUCCCAGCCAUUGGAUGCGAAGGUGAGUCUGAGACAGAUUCUUUGAAGGAUGAGCGCCCCCUGGAUGUGAAGAUCAGCAACGUGGUCAGUGACAAGUACCGCAGCUCCCCUCCUUCCUCCAAGGCCUCCCCUCCUGUCUGUAAGGCAUCUCCCGCAUUCAGCCGUCGAAGAGCCUCUUUCAGGUCUGUAGAGGAGGGAGCUAAAGAAGAAUGUAUUUACGAAAACGAUGGUUUCAGGCCAAGCAGUGGCGUUGAAGCACCCUCAGCCAAAGGUUCCAGUGAGCCCAACUCCCCAAAGAGUUACCACUCCUCCACUGUCCCACGAAGACCCUCUGGAUCCUCACCUCUAGCUGGUAGGCCAAUGAAGACAAUGACGCCAGAGAUGAAUCGGAGAAGUCAGACCCUCGGCAGACACGUAGACAUCAGCUUCAGGUCCCAGGACAACAGCCCCCUCUCUUCAUCUGAUGAAUUGAGCAGAGGCCCCAAGAAAGUCCCUCCUUUUGCUCGGGACGUGGAGCAGAGAAUAGGUCAAAGUCCCUCCACCAGGCCCAAGCCUUCUGUCAGACCUAAACCCCUUCUGACUAAAUCAGAGCCGCAGAGCCCUGAGAGGAUGGAUAUCACUUCUUUGAGACGGCAGCUGAGGCCUACAAGUCAGUAUCGACACAGCAUCAAACCCUCUCGUGGGGACGACUCUGAAACAGCAUCUGUCAUCUCAUCAGAGGACUCGAUGUGUUCUCGCAGCACCUCAGAUCUCUCCUCGGUUUACUCGAAAGGGAGUCGCGGUGAUUCCGAUGUGGAAGGCCCCAGUGUUUACCGUUCUCUGGAUGCCUAUAAGAAAGUUCAAGACUCUGAGAUCAGCUUCCCAGCUGCUGUGGAGGUGGAGGUUCUGGAGAAGCAGGCGAGCGGUUGGUGGUACAUUCGUUGGGGCUCAGAGGAGGGCUGGGCUCCGUCCUACUACCUGGAACCUGUCAGACACAUGGGCGAUGCUGGUGGGAUGGACUCAGAUGGACACGGGAGUGGUGGUGGCAGUAAGUCCAACAGCCUGGAGAAGAACGAGCAGCACGUUUUGGCCCUCAAUAACAUCAAUAUUCAGGGUCUGACACAGCAGCAUCCAGGCAUGAGAAGGAAUACCCCGCCGAUUCCUUCCAAGCCCCCCGGUGGCUUCUCAAAGCCGUCUGGGAUGGUUAACGGAGGUGUGCGAAUGAGAAACGGUGUACGUCAGGUGGCGGUCAGGCCUCAGUCUGUAUUCGUGACAACAACACAGCCACCCAAGGAUGCACACUACAUGACGGGGUCUCUGAGGCGAAACGAAUCACUCGGUAGAAGUGAUCACUAUAGUUCUGGUUCUGCCACUCUUGGUGUCCGCCGAAAUGCCUCCUUUAGCACCGUGCGGCCACAUGUAGUCGUUGAAAGUCAGACGAGGCCCGCCGAACGCUCCAGCCUGGGGAGCUCCUCGGGGAGCGCAUUCAGCACAAGCAAUGUUAACCAACGCAACGGCAUCCCUGUGUCCACUGUCCGGCCCAAGCCGAUAGAGAAAAGCCAACUGAUCCACAAUAACUUCGGCAGGGAUGUGUACGUGUCAAUCGCUGACUAUCGUGGCGACGAGGAGACUAUGGGUUUCACUGAGGGCACCUGUCUGGAGGUACUGGAGAGAAACCCCAACGGAUGGUGGUACUGCCAGGUGCAGGACAGCCUGCUUCCCCGCAAGGGCUGGGUCCCAUCCAACUACCUGGAGCGAAAAAAAUAGAACCACCUCCUCACACAUCCUUCCCUAACCCUUCAUCCCACCUCCCUUUUUCGAUGUCCCCGUGGAGACAUGUGGCAUCGCUCCUCAAGAAUGUUACCCGCAGUCUCCUGUAAGCAAUAUGUCCUUGAUAAUGUACAUUUAUGAAAAGACUGUGUGAAAAAAAAGGAAGUUGUUUUAAUCUGAUAAGGAAGGACACUUUUAGUGCUGGUUUACUAAAAUGUAUACAAAGUGUAAAGAUUUUAAAUAUUUUGACCAUGGGAGUGAGAGAUGGGGGAAAUAUUGGAUCUGUCAGCUGCGAGUGAGGAGUCUUUGAGAUAUGAAAUGAUUGGGAGUGAUCACCUCUUAAAGAGGUUUGCCUCAUGUAAUGCAGAAGUUGAGCAGGGUCAUGGCGAUGCUUAUUCCUGCCCAUCACUGACUAUGAUGGCCAAUAAGUGCCUUUUAUAUUUGAUUACCGGAAUGGAGGUUCUAAUUGGUGAAUGGUAAAACAUUAAAUCAACCAAAUCUUAAGAGUGCCAUAGGCCAAUGAACACCACCAGUAGUAUUUCCAUGACCAAGUAAGAGCUACUCUAGAGAGUGAGAACAAAAUGGUCAAAUUGGUCCAACACACAAAAGAAAGAUAGAAAAACAGAGAUUUAAGAACUUUAGUUCACCAGAGAAUCGAAUUGUUUUAAAACAUAAAAAACUGAACAUUUAAGUCUCAUUAUCAGUAUUUUUAUUGCAUUUCAUUCUUUAUUUUAUAAUGUCUUGUGUUGAUGCAAGUCUUCCUUAGAGAAUUAUUUCUGCUUUCUUGUGACAUCUGAUUUUCACCAACAGCCUGCAAAUGGAAGUGUUAAAGCUCCUUAUCGAGUCUGAUGGAUGGGUAUAGUUUUCUCAUAGAUCCUAAAUCCCCACAGUGAUAUGUUUAAAUGAAUCCCAGAUAUAACUUCGUGGGAUAACAAAUAAAUCUGUGAAACUUGCAGUCUAACAAUAAUAGUUGGAUAUUUUAUUUUCCUUUAAAGCAGCUUGAGUUCUCUCCAGAACAAAACCACCUCAUAUCUGGGUAGUUAAUACCCUCCAACAAUGAAAACAAUUACAACAGUUUACUCUAGUGUUUCUAGCUCCAGGAAUAAUUGAUUUUGUAUAUAUUUUGUUUUUAUUAGUUCAAUAAUACUGCUGUUGUGAAGUUGUAUUUGAUAAGUACUGGAAAUGCAGUAAAAUCAUUGAAUCCCAGGGACAUAUUUGCUCAGCAUUUAGCCCAAAAUGUGAUCAAACCAAAGAGAAAUAUCAGUUCAUUGGAUUUUUCUUUUUUCUUUAUUUAUUUAUGGUACAAAAACGAGGUUUCUGAACUGUAAAAAAAGGUUUUCCUGGAAGCACUUGAUACAUUUUCUCAGAUAUUGAAGUAAACAAGUAAAUUGUUAUAUUAGGUUUUACUGUGGAGUUCUGAUUUAAUUGUUGAAGAGAAAAACAACAUAGUCUAUAAAUAGAAUUGAAGCCUUUUCCCAUUUUCAAAAUAAUUUAGGUUUCAUAUCACAUUUUUUAAUGAAUAAAUCUUAAUAAAAAAAGAAUAUGAUUAAUAAAUGCCCCCCCCCCCAAAUGCAAAAGCUAAAUUGCAAUAGGGAAAUUCUGAGCUGAAGUCCAACUUUCAAAAUGCCUGUGGCUGAUGUUCAAGACUGCUGAAAUACAUUUUCUAACGAACGGCUGAAUCUGCCGUCAUGAGGCUGAACACUUACUUGUGAUUAUGUUUCUGCUGGACAGUAUGAUAUUAUGAAACAAAGCACAGUACCUGCUAGAUCGCAGUUAUCUUUUUUAGCCAAAAUGAUAUUUGUUUUUGUUUGUUACCUUGUGAUCACACAGUGUCAAUAACGAGGAACGAAGUGGGUCAGUUUUGUGAAUUAGUGCACUUUAAACUUGUUUUAUGGUGCAUUAAUGUGAAGAUGCAGUAAAUACUCAGCAUGUUAUUUAUUCAACAAGUUUUUGGUAAUUAUUUAAUGUCUCUAUUCCCCCCACCACCUCAGAUCAGAGGUGGAACUCUCAAAGUCUCUUUGAGUAGAAUUGGAGAAACAGAGACCUCUUGUGGUAGGUCGAAUGUCCUACAACAUGAUUUUAUAUCAUCCACAAGGCUUAUUUAUCGGCCGUCCUACCUCAGUGCAAUAAGAAAUGUACUGCUGGUCAGUGAAUCUCCCCAAAAACUGUACAGAAAUUUUAUGUUUCUUAUUUUUGUUCUUUUUUUAAAUCUCAGUGCAGCUAAACAUUUUUGUAGCACGUGUUUUGUAUUGGGCAAUAUUUUUUUGGGAAAUUUCCAAAAUUCCUUUUUUUUCCUCUAUGCUGUGUUCUGCAACUUUAGCAAAUCAUGGACACUUCCUUCACCUUUAUUGUGCUUUACAUAAUGCCUGAUUUUAAGUAUAUUUAUUAUAACAUUUUUAUAUUAUAUCACUGACAAUCACCUCGUCACACCUUCAAAAUAUGUCUGCAUAGUUUUAUACGGACAGAUAAAUUCCCAAAUACCAGGAUUUACUUGAGUAUUUGAGAUAUUUGGACCCAUAGAAAAUACAAUUAGAAAGUAGGCAGUUGAUAUUUGCUGUGAAGCAAAUCCCAUCCUGACGACGGCAUUAUGUAAAUGUGUUGAAUCACUGUUAACUUUUUUGCUCCAGCACGUUAUUAUUACAUAUCGCUUUGUUUGAUCGAGCUGAACUUACUUUGCAAGGGAAUGGUUCUGUGUUGAACAUACAAUUAGCUGUGUAGCAUCCAUCUCUAGUCAUGCUUUUAUUUGUUCUGUCUUAUUUCCUCUUUAUGCCCCAUUUUGUCAAAAUCCUGAAAUGUACCUGCGAGACAAUGUGCAAUAGAUAAAAAGGAAGCGUCAUGUUUCAACAAGAGGAAAAAACGUGAACGUCAAUGCCGUUACGUGUGUGGGGAGAAGAUAUUCCCGGUCAAACUGCCAGUCAUGAGCUUUUACCAUCAUGUAAAGUGGAGUGUGUCAGAAAGAUGUGAGGCUCCAAACGCAUCAGAAAAGCCCUUGGACCAAAGCAGCCGUACGUGAUUGUUCAUCAUCUCCUGACGUCACAGACUUCUGUAACAAUAUGAGAGUCUCUGCUCCUCCUGCCUCGCAUCAGCAGUGGACAGAGAUUUGUGAAUGACAUGGCAGAAACCCACUGACCCAUUCUGUACUGACAUUACAGCCAUCUGGGGUCACAGAUGGAGAGUCCCGUCGUCAGGGGCCCUUAGCGGCCCCGCCCUGAGCUGUCACGUUCGUGCCUGAAUGGAGUUUUGAUAGUUUCUUGUUUUUGUGUUGUUGUUUUCCUCUUGGUUUUUUCUGUGUGCGCCCCCUCGCCACCUACGCCGAUGCCUCUCUUGACAUUUACCCCACCCUAUGUCAGACUAUGUCAGACUUUUCCUUCCUCACCAAUCAUCACAUUGAAGGUGACAUUUGAGUCUCAGUGGUAAACAAGAGGCUGGGGGGAGAUGCACGCUCCUUUAGGCCAUUUCAGUUCAAUCCAUCAACUUCCAGGAUGUAGGCCAAAAAUAGGAUACAACAUCACAACCUUUUCUCUUCGCUGAGCCCCAGCAGGCCUUAUCUAAGUGCUACAGGUGAAUGCGAGCACACAGGCCAAUGCAGGUAUGGGACUUGUAUCCAUAGAGGCUUCUGUUUGGAGAGUUUAUCUUUAAACUCCACCUUAAAAGGACACUCGAGUGUUUUGGGAAAUAAUAAUGGGAUAUUCAGUUUCUUGCAGACAGUAACGAUGUUAAAAUGUUUGAUUUGGAAAGUAUCCAAAUAUCUCUUAAUGAGGGAUAUUGAGUACAUUUGGGGAUUUUAAACUGGUGUACUAUAAAUUUUACUUUUUUUAUUGAGAAGCCAUAUUUGACACAAAGUACAUGAGGGUUAUCUUUAAAUAUGGAGCGUAAGCCCAGAGACUGUUAGCUAAGUUUUGCAUUGAGAGGGGAUGCUGGGAAAACUGCUUGUCUGGAUAAUGAGAAAUCUCUGGAGAUGACUGAUGAACAACAAGUUGUGGUUUUGAUGGCAAGAGGUGAAGACACAGUCCUACACAUAACUCCCUGUUAUACCACAACUUUUCAUUUCUACACUGUUUGUGUGCAGAUGAAACAAACACAAUGUAAUGUGCUGAUUACUGAGCUUCAGAGAUGCUCAUGCAUUCAGUCAGACUAGCUGUUUCCCCGUUUACAGUCUUUAUGCUAAGCUAAGCUAACCCUCAGCUUUUCUCAUGCAACUCUCAGCAACAAAACAAAUGUUUCCAACAUUGUUUCCCAAAAAAUAAUAUAUUAUUUACAAUGAUAUAUUUCCUAUUCCGGUCCACUGACUCAUCCUGUCGCAGCUGCAUUGCUCUUAAACCUGCUUGUGCAUCCACGUGGCACAAUAGAAAUGAAAUUGUGGAAGGUAAUAUUUUUUGCACAUGCCAACACACUCAUGACAAUAAGGAAUCAUUCAUGCUGCAGAGGAAAUAUAUGAGUCUCCUGACAUAUUCCUGGAGGUCAACCAGGUGAGACGGCUCCACCACGCCCGGCACCCAUGUUAUCCCUCACUCCCUUUUUAUUUGAACAAAUGGACGACACCUCUCGGGCGUGAAGCACCUUAAGCUCUGCAGCUUCUAAAAACUGGCUGCUGCCAUAACAUCCUCCACGCCCCCCCUUUCUCUCUCUCUCUGUCCGCCAUCGCCACAUUUAUCUCUCUCUUUCCUCGACACAGCCCGGCACUCUAUUCCCAGCAGUGAGAUGAUUGAGGUAUUAUGGUUUGUGAUGGAGGGACAGAGUUGUUUGCAUGUGUGUGUUUGCUUGAUGUAAUGGAUUGUUUGCAAGUGUUUAGCUCAGGCGAGAGACGUUAGAGAUCGUGGAGCAGACAUAGCCAGGUCAGGAUGCAGGGAGACACAAGACGGAUCAAGUGGUGGAUUCUAGUAGACGUGGUGAGAGUGAGGUGAGGGCGGCUUUGAUGCGAGGGAGAUUAAAGACUGGUGGGCAGCGCUUCCACUUGGAAAACUGAGAAAUAAUAAUUUCUUUUAACAGGGAGUCCACCCACUCUAUCAAAACUCCUUUACCCACCUUUCUGAAAACCUGACACCUAAUGAGCUCGCUGCUUCUAACCCUGAGCUCUGAAUUCUCACCAAACAUUGUUUUAAUUGCAGCACUUGAAAUUUUUGGUAGCUGCUUCAACAAGACACUGCAGAGACAAAUCAGUCACAGCAUACGGCAGCUUCUCGGGGCCUCACUCUCCGUCCGUGGGAGAAAAAAAAACCUUUGGAGCAGAUCCCACGUCUAGUUUUUAGCUUCUUUCACUGUCAGUGUCUUCAGAUCUCAUGUAGCCCGGAGGGUGAGAGAGUCAAGCUGGGUGCUGGAAAAAGUUUUUGGGAAUAAGACAAAAAAAAAAUGGCUUCAUAUGGUGGAUUCCUUGUGGCUUUUUCUUCCCCUGACGUAUUCCUUUGUGUCUUCACUGAGUGCAACACAGGUUUGGAGGGGGUUCAUUCUUAUCUAAUGAAACAAGCUUUAAUUCAUAAUGGAAAGAAAUGAAAAAAGAGCAACAGCACUCAGCUCUGGAGUUAAUGAAGACAGGAGUUUGAUGGAAGGAGGGGUAGGUUUGAUAGGAAAGUUUGAGUAAGUGUGGGGGAGCAGGUGGGAGGUAUUUAGGGGGUUGAUUUUGUAGGUUUCUUAAUUAAUAUCUAGUUUUUGUUUGAGUGCAAGGGAAGAGAGAAAAGAACAAGCAGAGCUGCAGGGCUUUUUCUUCUCUGGUGUAUAAAAAAAGGAAAAACAGGCCUGUGAAUAAGGGAAUGCUGAUUAUUUAUGUCAUUCAGAAAACUUCCUCACAGAAUGGGAGUUGUUUGACGCACCAGCGGGCAUCAGCGGGAGCUGUCUCCCAGCUCCAGAGAGGAGGCUGUGUUGAGGAACGAGACGCGCCGCUGUGUCUCUGUGGUACUUUUCUUUGUCUCUGUUUGAAUCCCCGUUUCUAAUUAGCACAACAGUGUGUCUUAAUUAACCUUAGCCAGUCAGACGAUAUUCCAGCGCUAACGGCUUCUUAAUCAGCGAGGCUGCUGCCACUCUGCGUGGGAGCCUGUGCUGCUGGAUGGAGCUCAGCCAUGUUUGUGCGGCGGAGGCGAGCUGUCAGGAGUGAUUGAUGCUGAGUGACAGCUGACGUAGAUUCAUGAGAAGGUGGAGCCUGUUUUUAGCCUCGAUGUUGCAUUUAUAGGAUUGGAUUUGACACCACCCUGCUGUGCAAAGCAGUGUGCCAAAGAAACCUGGAAGCCUGACGCCGUCGAGCUCUUGAUCUGUAAAUUCUGACAAAAACAAUCCGUUACCAGCAUGACAGCCACACUCAGAAACACAAAAACAACUGCAGGCCUUGAGUUGGACCAAAGGAGGUGCUCUUCUUUUUAGUUCUUGGUUUCUCUCUGUUUCCUAUUACCAUCGUUGUUAUGCAAAUUGUGUUUAACUCUUGCAAACCCCUCGUUUUCAAAAAGAUUUGCCAUGAGAAGGCUCAGGAGGCUUUAUACAACUGUAAAGUUCAGUGAAUCAUCCAAUGAUGACUCAUCUGGCUGCCAAAUCACACACAGUGAAAAGGCCAUAUAUACAUCGCAAUGUGCAGCAAGAAGCAACAGAGUCCAGAUUCCUCUCUGAUGGGAGACUUUCUGCACAUGUGCAUUCCUUUUUGAAAACAGGACAUUUUUCUUAUCUACUGUUUCAUUUUGACAAGUCUUGUUCCUUUUUUUGUAUCUUGUACAUGUUUACAUUGUAUCUCGCAUUGCCCAAAAGAGAAACAAUAUUAAAUGUAUUAUCUUUGUUGUUUUA